GGCGUUCCGUUGAGAAACACCGUUUCACUUCCUGUUAGAAUUCACAACAGAGCCGAACCACAGAAGCUAAUUAAUUUUAGCAGCUUUUAGUCAACAAAUGUUAAUGUAGCAUAAAUACUUACCAACAAUAAUGAUUCCUUACACCGUCAACAUCAAACUCGCGGCUCGGACGUUGACUGGCACUCUCAAUUUGCAGAAUAAAACCGCGGUAGAUUGGGGUUGGCAGGGGCUGAUAGCUCAGGGAUGUCACUCCAGUAUUCUCAUCAUCGAUCCAAAGACAGCCCAGACCAUCCAGGUGCUGGAGAGGCACAAGGCCAAUGUGGUCAAGGUGAAAUGGUCCAGAGAAAACUACUACCACAACUUGAGCUCACCCUACUGUCUGCGGCUGGCCUCAGGAGAUGCCUCGGGGAAGAUCAUAGUGUGGGAUGUGGUCAGCGGCACUGCCCAUUGUGAGAUCCAGGAGCACUCCAAACCCAUCCAAGACUUGGAGUGGUUGUGGAAUCAGGAUGCGUCUCGUGAUCUGCUGUUAGCCGUCCACCCUCCCAACUACAUUGUCCUGUGGAACGGAGACACGGGCACCAAGCUGUGGAAGAAGAGCUACGCUGAGAACAUCCUCUCCUUUUCUUUUGACCCCUUUGACCCAUCCAACAUGGCAUUGCUGACUAGCGAAGGAAUAGUCUUUAUCACAGACUUUUCCCACUCCAAACCGCCAAGCAGUGCCGGCAAAAAGGUCUACAUCGCCAGCCCACACGCAAGCCCCGCCCACACCAAACCUGCUCCCGCCGCUGCCCCAGCCCCUACUGGUGCCAAGAAGGCCCUCAACAAGGUCAAAGUGCUCAUCACCAAUGAAAAACCAACUGCAGAGGCGGUGACGUUGAACGACUGUCUGCAGCUGUCCUACCUGCCAUCCAAGAGGAACCACAUGCUGCUGCUUUAUCCCAGAGAGAUCCUCAUCCUGGACCUGGAGCUCAGCCAGACUGUGGGUGUCGUAGCCAUCGAGCGCUCUGGGGUGCCCUUCAUCCAGGUAAUUCCCUGUGCUCAGCGGGACGCCCUCUACUGUCUCCAUGAGAACGGGUGCAUCACCCUUCGAGUGUGCCGUUCCACUACCGCUACAGAGGAAGCAGCAGACCCGGAACAGAGUGUCCAGGAGCUUGUGUACGACCUUCGCUCUCAGUGCGAUGCCAUCCGAGUCACCAAGACAGUCAGGCCAUAUCGAAUGGUUAUCUGUCCUGUCAAUGAAAACAACGCUGGGCUGAUGGUCAGUGACGGCAGAGCCAUGCUGUGGGAGCUCAAAGCCCACACCGGCAAGGCUGCUGCCAAUCCUAGUUCGGGUCUGUCACCACUCUACUCCCCGGUGUCGUUUUGUGGAGCUCCACUGGGUCCGAACCAGAAAAGGAUUCAGGAUCUCUGUCUCAGCAGCAUGAUCGGCCAGACCCUGAUAGCUGGCGAGGCUCCUCCUCCAUCAUCCAACCAGCAUGAGGUCCAGUUGAAGUUCCUGCUGACUGGCCUGCUGUCUGGUCUGCCGCUGCCACCAUUUGCCAUCCGCAUGUGCCCUCCACUUACCACAAAAAACAUCAACCACUACCAACCCCUGCUGGCUGUAGGUACCAGUAAUGGGUCUGUAUUGGUCUAUAACCUGACCAGUGGUCUCCUCCACAAAGAACUCAGUGUCCACUCUUGUGAAGUCAGGGGGAUUGAAUGGGUGAGUCUUACCAGCUUCCUAUCUUUUGCCACUUCUGCCCCCAACAACAUGGGCCUGGUGCGAAAUGAACUGCAGCAUGUCGAUCUGCCAACCGGCAGAUGCUUUGCAUUCAGAGGCGAGCGAGGCAACGAUGAGCCACCCAUUGAGAUGAUUAAAGUGUCUCAUCUCAAACAGUACCUGGUGGUGGUGUUCAGGGACAAACCUCUGGAGCUGUGGGACAUCAGGACAGGGACGCUUCUCCGGGAGAUGGCUAAGAACUUCCCCACAGUUACUGCACUGGAGUGGUCCCCAUCCCACAACCUGAAGAGUCUAAAGAAGAAGCAAAUGGCAGCGAGGGAGGCCAUGGCUCGGCAGACGGUUUCAGACGCCGAGCAGAGUAGUGUUGAAUCCUCAGUCAUCAGCCUCCUGCAGGAUGCGGAGAGCAAGUCAGAGACCAGCCAGGCCAUCUCAGCCAGGGAGCAUUUUGUAUUCACUGACACAGAUGGGCAGGUCUACCACAUCACCGUAGAGGGCAACACAGUCAAAGAUGGUGCACGAAUUCCCCCUGAUGGUAGUAUGGGCAGUAUCGCUUGCAUUGCCUGGAAAGGUGACACCCUGGUUCUCGGAGAUGUGGACGGCAAUCUCAACUUCUGGGACCUCAAAGCUCGUUUGUCCAGGGGAAUACCGACCCACCGUGGUUGGGUGAAGAAGAUUCGUUUUGCUCCAGGGAAGGGCAAUCAGAAGCUGCUGGUCAUGUACACAGAUGGCGCAGAGGUCUGGGACACCAAAGAGGUCCAAAUGGUUAGCAGCAUGCGGAUCGGUCGCAAUGUGAACUACCGCAUCCUAGACAUUGACUGGUGCACAUCAGACAAGGUCGUUCUGGCCUCUGACGAUGGCUGUAUCCGAGUGCUGGAGAUGGCGAUGAAGUCUGCCAGCUACCGCAUGGACGAACAAGACCUGACCGAUCCAGUGUGGUGUCCUUACCUGCUGGUGCCCCGAGCUGCUCUCACCCUCAAGGCGUUUCUUCUGCUGCAGCCGUGGUCAGGAACCUUCACCAUGGACAUCACUCAAGUAGACUACAAUGAGAAAGAUGAGAUAAAAGGCCUGAUCCAGGAGCAGCUCAACUCCUUGUCUAAUGAUAUGAAGAGCGUGCUACAGGACCCCGAGUUCAGUCUGCUGCAGCGAUGCCUCCUGGUGUCGCGGCUGUUCGGGGACGAGUCGGACCUUCACUUCUGGACAGUGGCGUCCCACUACCUCCAGUCAUUUGCCCAGGCUCGUCAGCUGAGUGUGUCCACUGCAGAGGGCCAGGCCCAAAGCGAGGGAACCCAGCCAUCACCUCACAACCACCUGGACAUCUGCCACGACGUCCUGUGUGAGAGCUCUUACUUCCAGAAGUUCCAGUUGGAUCGGGUUCACCUGCAGGAGGUGAAGCGCUCCAGCUACGAGCACACUAAGAAAUGUGCUGACCAGCUCCUCCUGCUGGGUCAGACGGACAGGGCAGUGCAGUUACUGUUGGAGACGAGUGCUGACAACCCCAGCUACUACUGUGAUUCACUCAAGGCCUGCCUGGUGACCACCAUCACCUCCUCUGGUCCCUCACAGUCCACCAUCAAACUAGUGGCCACCAACAUGAUCGCUAAUGGCAAGCUAGCAGAGGGAGUCCAGCUGUUGUGUUUGAUUGACAAGGCAGCCGACGCUUGCCGCUACCUGCAGACCUAUGGGGAGUGGAACCGAGCCGCCUGGCUGGCUAAGGUGCGUCUGAACCCAGCAGAGAGCUCAGACGUGCUGAAGCGCUGGGCAGAGCAUCUGUGCUCCCCGCAGGUCAACCAGAAGUCCAAAGCCAUCCUGGUGCUGCUUUCCCUGGGCUGUUUUUACAAAGUGGGAGAGAUGCUCCACAGUAUGAGGCAGUUUGAUCGCGCCGCGCUCUUUAUCGAAGCCUGUUUGAAGUAUGGGGUGAUGGAGGCCAAUGAUUCUUCCAAUAAACUUAUCGAGGCCUCAUUUUUGGACUACGCACGGCUGCUUCGCUCGCUGGGCCUGCGGGAGGGCGCUGCUCUGUGGGCGUCACGGGCCGGCAGCGCUGGAGAGCAGCUGAUGGAGGAGCUGUUCCAGGGAGAGGGAGGGGUGCCAGAAUCCAUCCUCGGAGAAGAAGUGGAGCUGGGCCAGGAGAGCACAGAGUGACCUCGAGGACGGGAGGUUUGGAAGAGAAUGGGUGGCUGACUCUUUGGUGCAAAUCAGGGGUCGGCUGCUCAGUCUAACUUCAGUUACUUAACGUUUGUUAAAUAACUUUGUGUCAGCAGCCAGGGGAAUCAUGAUCAUCAUCUCCACAUCAAGACAAGACGGAGAUGUGAGGAGUUUCCUCCAUGUGAAGUUGUCAGUCGGUCACUAACGUCUGUGUCUGUGACUGUGCUGAGUUUCUUAAUGUUUGGUACCAGUGAGUGUUUGUGUGCAUGUAACAGCCCCAAAAGAGACAUACUUGUUUCCUCAUUCCCCCAACAAGUGAGACAGUACUCAUUGUUAUUCACCGUGAUAUCAGUGUGUGAUUUUGUUGGUUAAUGAAUUUAACUCAUUAGAUCUUUUUUUUUAAUGGUUGCUUGUUAAACUCUAUUUUGUGUGCCUGUACUAAUAAUUUCAAAGUACUGUUGUAGCUCUACACGCUGCUGAGAUCGAAUGUGGCAGAUUUAAUUUAUCCCAAAAGAAUACGUUUCCUGUUUCAUUUUGAAAAUGCACUGCCAUUGUAAUGGUCCCCUACAGCCACUCCGUGUCUGUCCCGUGAUUGUUUCUACUUUUCAUUUAACCAAAAACAUCACAUACUUUGAAUGAUAAUUGAAUGAGGUGCGAUGUUGCUCUAAUCAGAAACAUAACUGACUGGAUGUUCUCUCCACACUGUUUAAGUGACUGACCAAAGUCUGCUCCUGCACAAGCCUCUGCAGAUGUAACUAUGGGAUGCCAGUAAAUUAGUUAGCCAGGCCACCUUGCACUUAUUACACAUUUAUUAGUAUAUUAUCUCCAUGCGCACUGAGGGGAGAAGAAUCUGACCGCUGCCACCUGAGUGGAACCAUUUAAUUAGCUCGUGCAGAGUUCAGUUUGGUGAAAUAGAUGCUGGUUGUUCAUUAAUCCAUUCCAUUAAUCCAAAUGGAAGUUUUAAUUUUCUACUUUUAUGAAGACUUGGGAGGAUACUUUGCUCUCUGUAUGCUUUGAUGUUUGUGUAAUGAGGUUGUUCUCUGGUGUGUGUAUUACAAGAAGAGCUGUCAAAAUGUGUUGUAACUCAUUUUAAUCAUUUACACACAAACAAUAUUCUGUGCUGCUCCCCCUGUUGCUCAUCACAAUCACAAAACCUGACACACGGUUUAGGAAGUGGCUUUGACUUUUAGCCUUCACGACUCUGCUCUGCUUUCUCCUCACUCUUACAUAGUAAAUAUCUACUGAUCAUCACAAUCAUCUGUAUGACAAUGCAAGGACUUUAGUGAUUGUGUGUUUAAUUGCCUUGUAACAGGUUUAGCUGUCCUGAAUGAGACCGUAACUCGAUUCACGGGACCUUUUUGUGUGUGUGUUAUUGUGUUUCAUAAACACGUCAGUGCUGUUUCUCCUCUGUUAUGGUUAACCCCAGGCACUGUCACUAUGGCAACCCAGGCCUAUUUUUGGGGACUACAUGUUGUUCCUGUAGAUCCAUUUCACAUAGCCCCACUAACAUACUGUAGGAUCACACAGAGAGCCAGCAUGGAGUCGUACAACCCAGCAGAUAAUCAGCUGUAGUUUACCUGGUGCUGUGUGUCUUCCUCCAAUCAUGUGCCGCAGUAUUGUGGAAGCAACAUGUACUGUACUGCCUCUUUAUGAUUAGGCACUAGUUUGAUUAACACUCGCUGCUUUUCUUUGUACUUAGAUGAACUUUACAAAAUGAUGCUGUUCACAGUUCAGGCAUGUGUGUGUGUGAGGGAGGACAUGUCUCAGACAGUGUGUUUUGUAAGAGGACCACAGUGUCAUUGUGUUAAAGCUUAGCCUUUUUUCAUUGUUCUCUGUUCAUUGUUUACACAGUGAUCCUAAUGCUUUAAGCUAUAUAAAUAUUACAAGAGAAGAACACAUAUAUGUAUAUAUGGAUGGCAAUAAAAUAAAUAUUAUUAACUUGA